GCCUAAAAUCCGUUCGACAUCCAGUUUUUCGUCAGAAACCCUAAAAAGGGGUCUCGCCCCUCUGUAGCUCUGUCGCCGCUUCCCUUCAUCCUUCUCUUCAACUUAACCGUCCACUUCUUCAACCAAACAGCCGUUCUCUACCCCAUCAAAACCCUAGCUGCCGGUGAACCCACAAAAAAAAAAAAAUCUAGCUGCCACUUGGUGGAAAGCCACGAAAGACGCCAGGGGGAGGCUCUCUCCCGAAUCACCCAAUAAAUACUAGCCAGUGGGGUUCUGUCCAAUGAUUCAAGCCAUAGCCACCUGAGAGACACACGGGAGAGCUGAGAAAAUGGAGAAAAUCAAGAGGGAAGAAGGAAACAGAAUAAGGCGAGAAGGAGAAGGCAGCUACCGGGAUGCUUUGCAUUCGAGAAGCAAGAGAAGUCCAGAAAAAUCAGACUCUGGGUGUCCUAGUUGUCCAGGAGAAGAGGUGGAUUUCAUCUUGGAAAUGGAAAGUCAUAGCUGUCGAGUUCCACCGUCGGUAUUUCGCUUCCAAGCUCUUAUUCUUUGAUUAUGUGUUGGUCGGACGGUUCAGAAUAUGAAAUUGUUUGUUGCUUGUUUCAAGCAAAUUUUCAAGUUUUGGGCAAAAUAAUGUGCGUUGCCUUUU